AUAGCCCGGUACGAAAGCCGGGAUUAACGACGGGCCUGUCUUUGGGUUGGAAGAAGAUGGGAAGGGUGAAGAGCAGAUAAGGAUGGACACUAAGACAGAGCCGGUGACCCGGUUCAAAUACGUGCGGACGUUGGAGGAAGACCCGCUGGCGAAGAGGGUGGUGCUGCUGGGCAGCAUUGAUGAUGAGCAGGCGAUUUUGACGCUGGAAAAGACGGGGUUUUCCCAGACGGUGGAGCCGGAGAGGCUGCUACGGCAGGUCAGGACGAUAGCCAGCAACGACGUGUACUGGUGGGGGACGACAUUGGCGGAGCAGGACGUUGAAAAGGACCCGACGUGCAAGUACUCGCUCGUGUACCCAGCGACGGAGACGCACGUCCGCAAGUACGAGAGCGCCCGGCUGCACAUGAUACGGGAGACGCCGGAGGCGUACCAGACGGUGGUGAAGCCCUACAUCGAGACAAUGAAGGGGGACCGGCUGCAGUGGGUGACGAACAUUCUCCACCACGGGGCCGAGGCCGAGCGGGUUUUGUUCCGGAACGACGACUACGUCGUGCUCCCGGACAUGAAGUGGGACGGCCAGAACCUCGACACGCUGUACUGCUGCUGCAUCGUUUACGAUGACAGUAUCUCGUCGGUGAGAGAUUUGACAGUUGGCCAUUUGGGCUACUUGGAGAGGAUCCGUACAAGCAUCCUCGAGGAGCUGCCUAGGAUCUACCAAGCGCAGGGCCUCCAACGGGAUAAUUUGCGCCUCUACGUGCACUACCAGCCGUCAUACUACCACUUCCACAUCCACGUUGUGAAUGCCAAUUUUCUCGGUCUGGCGAACUCGAUGCUGGCCGGGAAAGCAAUUCUGCUCGAAGACGUCAUCGACAACCUCUUCCAGAUGGCCAGCGCCAGUGCCAGCGCCAGCGAUAGAAGCCUGGGUUACGCCAGCAAGACCAUCAACUACCAGCUGAAGGAAACACACAAAUUGUGGGACCUUGGACUCAGGGACUACGCCCAGUAGAUGGCACCCUAUGUAUAUAAAGCUCUUGUGUACCUGAAAGAUUUAUCAGAACAACAAUAGUUGCGUAGCGCUGGUG